CCAUUAAUUGCUUUGGCUGUCAAAAAUUCACGUAAAUCUUAAGUUUGGAUCAAAAUUUCUAAAGUCAAUAAUUCUUAAUCCGCCUCUAAUAAUUCGAAUAAUGUAAUUUUAAUAAAAAUCUCGACGUUGAAUAUUAAAGUUCUCUCAUUAAUUGAAAAAACAAAUAGUUCCUGCAAGGAAAUAGUCCACGAUAAAGCGAUAUGAAUAGUGACACUCGGUCAACGAAUACAUUUAAACACGAAAAAUUGGGAAAAGGACCUAACACGCAAAUUGAUAGACGCAAUAAGUCCCAAGUAACCGAUGCUCAUCAAAUAUUUGACAAUUUGAAUCAAUCCAGUCAACAAAAGCAGAAACUAGAUUCUAACUUAAUAUCGACAUCGUCUUCAUCUACAAAACAUACUAAUUCUGUGACAGGUAAACACCAAGUCCGUAAAUUAGUAGACAGCAAGCAAGUUCCGUUUCAUCAAUUUGACAAGAAGACUUUUUUUCUGGAUACUUAUGCCCGUAUCGUUGCCAGCAACAACAGACGUUGCCCUAAGCGAUUGCGUGAACUUGCUAAACCGAAGAGACAGGCUCGUAGCGAUCAAAAUGAUUAUGCUACGCAUUUCAAUCUAAAUUACAAUCAUGUAACUAAAACUUAUCGUACGGAAGACAAACGCAACUUGAAAGAGUUAAAGAAGAAAUAAUCACAAUAGAUUGAUUUAAACAAUUUGUCAGCAUGUGAUUACUUUAGUUUCAACUCAAUAGAAUUUAAAAAAAUAUCC